AUUUUGGGCUGAUUUUGUUAGGCCCAGUAAGAAACCAAACAAAAGAUUCAGCCAUUUCAGUCAAGCAUAAAACGACACCGUGUGCCACCUUGGAUUGCUCUGAUUGGAACGACGGGCGGAGCUAGAAAUGGCAGUCCAUCUCCGCCAUCGUCGCUUCCCAUGAAAAUUGACCGACUUUGGCUCUCUCCUUGCUGCCAGUCUCCUUCCACUACUAAAACCCCAUUCCUCAACUGCAAUCUUUCUCCCUUCACCGGUCACCGCCGCUUCUCCUCCGUCGUUCCUCUCCUGAGGUAUGCCGUCUUAUAUCUCUCUUCCGUUUGUUUUGUUACUUGGGUCGAUCGGCGUUUUCCUCGUUCUGUUUGUCCGUUUGGUUCAGGAUUCCGAAAAUCCUCCGUUUCGGGGUUCUUCGAUCUCUUCCUUGUUCUGGGUCUCUGCGAAUUUUCUGACCUGAUGAUGGGGGAGUUGUUGGUGAUCAUCCAUCCAACUCCAAAUGUCACUGAAUUUUGAUUUUUUGUUUAAGAUUUACGUGGGGUUUCUUGAUUUCUGUUGUUUUGCAAUUAUGAUGAAAAUGGACGGAGUUCAAUUGUUGGUCAUCGGGACUCUCAGUCAGAUGAAGUGCUUUUCAGGAUUAUCUCCAUGAUUCUAGGUGAAAAUAGAAAUGAUUCCUCUAUUCUGACUGUUCUGUUUGUUUGGUGAAGCGAGGGAAACAUGAACAAAGAAAUGGGGAACAGCACCAAGUUCUUGGAGUUAGUGAAGGAGAGAUCAAUGUCUAAGAAGGUGGAGGAUGAAGGGAAGGAGAAACAAGUCUCUUCUUACCUUGACAAAGAUUGCAUCACAAGCAUUCUCAUGAAGCUACCGCUUGAGUCACUGCCAUCUUCGAGGUUUGUUUGCAAGGCGUGGUACGAUAUCAUCAACAGCCUUCCCUUCAUCAACAACCGUCUUGAGCAGUCUGAAUCCGUUUUGAUAUACGUGAAACCGAUCCCCAUGGGUAGCUCCCAUCAUUAUUCCUCUCCAACAUCAACAUCUUCGAACCGGGGAAACAAGUUUUCAGUUGAAGGGAAAGUGCUUCAAUCACAAACGCUCAACAUGUUUGCAUAUCAGAUGGCUAAUAGAUCUUCCAAAUUUAGCAUCAACUUUGUUGAGUGCAGAGAAGGGAAAGGUGUUACUGGCGAUUAUGGGAUCGAAUGCCUGGGUAGCAUUAGAGCAGCAUGCAAUGGUUUCAUCCUGCUAGACAAUAGACUCAAAAAAGGAGGGGUCUUGGUCAUGAACCCUGUCACCAGGAAGCUCCUUGCUCUUCCUGUGGGUACAUUGACUCGUCCUGAAUGGGAAUCAUACGGAUUUUCCUUGACCGGUGGCAGGUACAAGGUGGUCCACUUGUUCAUGGACGACAUGAAAUACAUUGCCUGCGAGACACUCAACCUCGGCUCAAGAUCAUGGAAGCCAGUGAACGGACCUCCCUCUGGGCGGCUUCCUCGUUUUGGUUUCAGUCCUGUCUCGGCCAUUGGAGCGCUGCAUUGGCUUCCAACUCUUUCUUCUGACAACAACUUCACAGUGUCUAUGGAUCUGGAAACUGAGAAGUUCCACCUCGUACCGCUCCCCAAGAUUUGUGGGACCCACGAUCGGAUUCUCGAAAUGGGCAGCCUCUUGGGGUUCAUCACUCAUGAGGAUCUCCACAUAGAUGUAUGGAAGCUGAAGAGUGUUGUAGGCCAGGGUGAUGAUGCCGUGUGGACGAAGCACCAUAAGAUUACCAGAGGCAGCUUAAUCGACAUGGUCCCCUUGUUUUGCUUGAGGAUCAAGGGAGAUGUGAUCUUCAAGAGGCAUGAAGGUGGUUCGGUUUAUUCGUACGAUUUUGAGUCAGAGACAAUGACUAUGGUUGAGAUGGAUGAGAUGGAUGAGGAGUUUCGAUUCUAUGCCAAUUUGCUGCCUCAUGUCAACAGCCUUGGUUCUUGGACUGCUGCUACUCAGAAUCUGAUGUGAAUCGAUUGUUGAUGAUGAUGAGUCUUUUACAUACAUUGUUUUGGUAUACUGCUUGUCAAUUCCACUCCCUAGAUUUACUUUCUCGUCAAUAUAUUGUGUUGAACAGAUCUAGCAGUUGCUUAUGGCCAUAUCAUAUCAUGCAUUGAUAAACCAAACUGUCCUGCAGUCUUGUUUUGUGAUACCUCUUGGUCUGAGUGAAGGUAAAUUUCAGCCGCUUUAACAUCCGUUUUGAGAUGUUACUGUAUGAUUUCUUUAGGAUCUAUGACUUUUGCAAUUUGCAAACAAUUCGAGCUUUUAGAACGAAUUAAUGCCAUGAAGAACUAAAACGUUGCAUCUUCAGCUCUCAAUAGCCCUUUGUAUUAUAAGUUAAUUUGAACAUAAGAUAUUGCUACGGGUUGUUUGAAUGCGGGAUUAUGACGGAUCAAUUUCAUCUAAUUAUUACAUUUUGAGACAAUUGGACCAGAUUAAACAAUAGCAUAAAUUUGAAUUGUCUAAUUUAAUCUGAAUUUUUUUUUUUGGAUCGAUUAGUUUUUUCAGACUAGAUAAAAUAAAUUGGCUCAUUACAAACAACUUGUAUAACUCGAGUUAUAAAAUGAGAUAAUUAACUAAAUUACCUAUUUCGCAAUUAAUCCAUCCAAUCCCUUAAACAAAUGUAUCAAAGAAAGUCGAAUGGAAGAGCUUCAGAAAGAUUACUUCCCACAUUUCUGAAACCGAAAGGUACAAGUACAACCACUUGAAUAGUUGAAUGAGGGCACAAUUCGAAGCCUAUAUUAGCUAAAGAAAACGGGGCUUUAUUC